GCCCCAGCAGCAGCAGACAAUUGCACCAACCACUGACCUCCAGGCAGGAACUCAACAGACUCGACCAGCAGUAUUCACCUCUCUCUCUCUCACUCACUGCAGGAUGGCAGGUCCUCUCUUGGCAGGCAGGCAUGAGACUCUCCCCGGGCCGAUGCAGGAUGCCCAACAGAGGGUCAAUGAGCGAGGCCAGUGGGAGAACAAAUUUGAGUUUAUUCUAACUGUGGCUGGCGCUAUUGUUGGACUUGGAAAUAUAUGGAGAUUUCCCUAUCUUUGUUACAAGAACGGUGGGGGUGCGUUCUUCAUCCCGUACAUCCUGUACCUGGUGACCUGUGGCAUCCCUCUGUUCAUCCUGGAGACGGCUCUGGGACAGUACACCAGCCAGGGGGGCAUCACCUGCUGGAGGAAAAUCUGCCCGCUGUUUGAGGGAAUGGGCUAUGCCGCCCAGGUGAUCACUAUAUAUGGAUGUAUGACCUACAUAGUGAUUCUGGUGUGGGCUUUCCUCUACCUGUUCUCAUCCUUCACUGCUGACCUGCCAUGGACUAACUGCAACAAUGCUUGGAACACAGAUUUUUGUGUGACAUUUGGCACCAAGAAUGCCAGCACCAAUUGGACUGUUCCACUCCUUAAUGUGUCAUCUUCCGUUGUGGAGUUUUGGCACCGGCGAGUGCUGAGAAUGUCAGAAGGAAUUGAGUCAUUGGGAGGCAUUAGAUGGGAGCUGGCUCUGUAUCUUCUGCUGUCCUGGGCCAUCUGCUACUUCUGUAUCUGGAAAGGAGUUAAGUCUACAGGGAAGGCAGCCUACUUCACGGCCACCUUCCCCUAUGUAAUGCUAGCGGUGCUAGUUGUCCGAGGAGUGACCCUUCCAGGAGCUAAAGAUGGCAUAUUCUACUACUUGUAUCCCAAUGUUACACGCCUAGCUGAUCCACAGGUUUGGAUGGAUGCAGGAACCCAGAUAUUCUAUUCUUAUGCCAUAUGCCUGGGCUACCUGACCUCUCUUGGAAGCUACAACAAAUACAACAACAACUGCUACAAAGAUUCCUUCUACCUGUGCUUGUUGAACAGUGGGACCAGCUUCGUGUCUGGUUUCGCCAUUUUCUCCAUACUGGGUUAUAUGGCUGGAGAACAGGGUGUGGACAUCUCUGUGGUUGCGGAGUCAGGUCCUGGCCUGGUCUUCAUAGUGUACCCUCAGGCAGUGUCCCUGCUCCCCUGCCCUCAGUUCUGGGCUGUCUGCUUCUUCACCAUGAUCAUCCUGUUGGGAGUGGAUAGCCAGUUUGUCGCUCUUGAGAGCCUUAUGACCUCGGUAACAGACUUCUACCCCAACCUCAUCAGAAAGGGGUACCGGAGGGAGCUUCUGCUGCUGCUCAUCUGCUGCUGCUGCUACCUGGUCGGACUCAUCAUGAUCACAGAGGGUGGCCUCUACAUCAUCCAGCUGUUUGAUCAUUAUGUGUGCAGUGGUGCCACUCUGCUGCUCCUCUCCAUAUGCCAGUCACUCAGUAUUGGAUGGAUAUAUGGCGCUGAACGCUUCUGUGACAACAUUGAGGAUAUGAUUGGCUACAGGCCCUCCUCCCUGCUGAAGUACUGUUGGCUCUACAUUACUCCAACUAUUGGCACCGUAACCUUUGUAUUCUCGCUGCUGAAGUACAGCCCUCUGAAGUUCAACAACACCUAUGUGUACCCAUGGUGGGCCUAUGGGCUAGGCUGGAUCCUGGCUAUGUCCUCCCUCUCUCUCAUCCCCAUCACCAUGGUCUACAAACUGUCCCAGGCCAAAGGGACUUUCUGGCAGCGCCUCCAGACAGUCUGUCGGCCAGCAGAUGACCUUCCUAUGAUGAAGAAGGAGAUGGCAGGUCUCUAUGCUCUGGACAGUGUUACUGAAGAUGAGAAAACCUACAACAAUAAUCUAUAGACUGACUGUUCUGCUAUUACUUUUCGGGACAGUUACCCAGACCCAGAUUAAGCCUAGUCCUGGACCAAAUAUUAUUUACCAUGCUUUUUAGUCCAGAAGUAGGCUUAAUCUGUGUCUGGGAAACAGUCCAUUUAUAUUCUAUUAUACUCUAUUUUUGUAACUUUCUUAGUAAGGGUUUUGGUUUUUGUGGGUUUUAUAUAGUUGUAGCUGGUCAGAGUUGUGCUUGAGGUACUGGUAUUGUGUUUGGAUUGUAGUAUAGUUCAUAUUUUUUUAUUUUGUAUUAACUGAACAUUUGUAGCAUAAUAUUUUUCUUAUAUGAUUCAAAUAAUUAGUUGUAGACCAUUCAUAAAUAAAAUAGAUACACCUAGAUCACCUAAAAAGUUUUGACCAGUUUCCCUGACUAAGCCUAGUCCUAUGCUAAAAAGCACUUUCAAUGGCGAAUCUCCAUUGAGCAUGCUUUUUAGACCAAGUCUAGGCUUAAUCUGUGUGUAUACAAUAGGUAAUCAAUCCAAGACAUUGACGUUUACCUUUUUAUUUUACCGGGGAAAUUAACAUUACACCCUGUACUUUACUGACUUUAUUGUCCCCAUGGGGAAAUUUUGUUGCGGUGUCAUGUACACGUUCAAUUAACUCUUUGUAAUUAACUAUUCUUAUUUGAAGAACCAAAAUGACCAGCCUCAGGAUUGAAUUAUAAACAAUAGUGUAAUAAACCCCUGCGCACAAGGUCACAAAAAGAUAAUGCAUUGCAGUCUACUGGUAAACUCCAAAGCCAUUUCUGAUGUCUAUAUGGCCGUGUCUAGACUUGACAGAUCAUGCAGCUUUAGCGUUCUGAUCAUGGAAUUCUGAACGAGUCAUGCGUCUACACCUACAUUUUAAUUGUCUACCGUGUCCACUGUGUGUCCGGAUUCCCUUUUCCCACGCUAUAUUCAAAUGCCAGUAUGCAUUCUACAAAUGGUGGAAUAGGCAAAAAUAUGUCAAGAAUAAGCACUGAUGGCAGUAGCUAACUACUGUAGCUAACCUCUGUAGCUAGCAAGCAACGCUAAAGGGAUUGAAAACAGGUUAGCAUAACACUAGCCUAACAAACAAAAAAUUAGCUAGCUGGCUAGCAUUUAUGAGUCCAGCAAACACAUUCCUCAUGCUAGGAACUUAUUUCCUCCAACGUUAUAAUGAAAAGGUGCCUCUUUCCCAAAUCGCAAGUUUUAUGGAGACUUGUGGGAGGAAUGCUGAUGACGUCGCCCACUGUAUGUGCUUUCGGUAGCCUUAUUGCGUCUAGACUGAGGAGAAAUCCGCAGACAAUGCAUCCCUGACCACCUCCUAAAGUGGUCAGAUACAUCUGAACACAAUCAGAUCACAAAGCGACUUUUGUGCGUCUAGACUCGUCUUUUCAAUGUUAUCUUCAUAUUCUGAUAGAUGUCACGUGUCAAGUGUAGACACAACCUAUCUUGGUAAACUGUUGGUCUUGCGAUAAAAUACUCUGCUGUGGAAGAUUUGUAUGUAUUUUUAGAAAGUCAACAAGUACACCUUGGACAUUGUGUAUAUACAGUGUACAAAACAUUAGGAUCACCUUCCUAAUAUUGAGUUACACCCCCCCCUUUUUCCCUAAGAACAGGCGCAAGUUUUUGGGGCAUGGACUCUACAAGGUGUUGAAAGCGUUCCACAGGAAUGCUGGCCCAUGUUGACUCCAAUGCUUCCUACAGUUGUUAAGUUGGCUGGAUGUCCUUUGGAUGGUUGACCAUUCUUGAUACACACGGGAAACUGUUGAGUGUGAAAAACCCAGCAGCGUUGCAGUUCUUGACACACUCAAACAGGUGUGCCUGGCACCUACUACCAUUCCCGCAAAUCUAUGUUUACUUUCCUCCACAUCUAAAUGUGAUGAGUUUGCGGCGUAUUUCAGAGAGAAAACAUUAGGCUGGGUAUCAGUCAAGCAAGACCUGAUGAGAAGUGUAUGUUCCCCGGCCUAACACGCAAAGACACUACGCAUGUAUUUUCCCUGGUUGAUACUGACAUGCUCAGGAAAGUGAUAUCCCAAUUUAAGCCUUCUACCUGCCUUCUCAAUCCUAUCCCCACCACCUUCAAAACUGUUUUUAAUUGCAUAUCUGAAGAAGUGCAAGCUAUUGUUAAUCACUCCCUGUUCACAGGCACUUUCCCUACUGCACUAAAAACUGUUAUGGUGAAACCCCUUCUGAAGAAAAGUAAUCUAGAAUCUUCAGCUCUUAACAAUUUUUGGCCAAUCUAAAAUUCAGGAGAAAUUGGUUUUCAAACAGCUAAAUUAUUUUUUUAAGUGCCUACUGUAUUUUUGAAAAACUCCAAUCUGGUUUUCAUGCCCACCACAGCACAGAGACCGCCUUAGUUAAAGUGGUAAAUGAGCUUAGAGCCAACACGGAUUCCAAACAGCUCACUGUCCUUGUACUCUUGGAUUUAAGGGCUGCAUUCGACACCGUUUUCCACCCUGAUGUCCUAGACAGACAGGCGAGGUGGGUUGGCCUCUCCAGUCCAUUUCUAAAUUGGUUUAGGACCAAUUUAACCUGAGUUUUUUGUCACCCUUGGUGAACAUAACUCAGAGCAAAUACAUAUCACAUGUGGCAUUCCACAAGGUUCGAUUUUCGGUGCGGCACUGUUCAGUUUAUAUAUGUUACCCCUUUCCAGAGGUAUCAAAAAGCACAGCAUUGAUUCGCAUUACUACACAGACAAUACACAACUUUAUAUUCCUGUGUCACCAGAGGAUUUUAGCUCCACUGAUAAAUUAGACUGUAUUAGUGAUUUAAAUACUUGGAUGGCUCACAACUUCCUCCAGCUAAAUCAAGACAAGACCGAGGUACUUAUUGUUGGAGCCAAAGCCAGAGAGAGAAUCUGACCUCACAUUUUAAUUCAGGGGCAAUAAAGAUAAAACACCAGGUGAAAAACUAAGGUGUCGUUUUAGAUUCUGAACUCAAUUUCCAGUCAUACAUUAGAAAUGUGACAAAUCACUUUUUACCACCUGAGGAACACUGCCACAGUGUGGCUUUUUCUAUUUCAGCCUGAUACAGAGAGACUCAUCCAUGGUUUUAUUACAAGCAGGCUUGAAUACUGUAAUGCUCUUCUGUCUGGUCUACCCAAGAAAGUCAUUGGUCAACUGUGGAACAUACAGAACGCUGCAGCACGGGUACUGACCAAGACUGGACGGAGAGCAUACAGUCUGCCAGAGAACCUGAGGGGCGCCAAAACUGUGGACAUAUUUAAAAGAGAUCUUUAAACACCAUUUUAGCUUUGCUUUUCCUUAGGGUGAUUUUUAGUCAUUCAGUUUUUAUUAUUCUUAAUUUUUUUUAUCCUCGUGUUUGUGUACUAAAUAUUAAAGUUUUUAUUUUCAUAGUUAGAUUUUUUUUCUCCUGUGAAGCACUUUGCGUUGCAUUCCAUGUCUGAAAUGUGCUGUAUAAAUAGCUUGAUUUGAUACUUCGUUCAAAGGCGCUUAAAUAUUUUGUCUUGCCCAUUCCCCAUCUGAAUGGCACACAUACAAUCCAUGUCGCAAUUUUCUCAAGGCAUAAAAAUUAUUCUUUAACCUGUCUCUUCCCCUUCAUCUACACUGAUUGACGUCGAUUUAACAGGUGACAUCACUGGCCUGGAUUCCACCGGUCAGUGUGUCAUGGAAAGAGCAGGUGUUCCUAAUGUUUUGUACACUCAGUGUAUGUCGUAUCUACUAUCAAUGUGGAAAUGUACUAUUUUAACUAAUACUAUUUUUUAAGAUUUGUAUUAACCUUUAUGUAAUAAAACACUUUAAAACAAAA